GUUCCGAACUGUGCUUGUUUAAAAUUUGUGUGCAUGUGCGCCGAUUCUAAAUUUAAAUUUUGAUCCCCUUGUGCUGUGUUGACUGUUCUAUUUUUGAAAAAUUUCUGUGGCUUCCCGCAUAGUCCUGGCCAUCAACAAGAUGCGUACCAGCGUACAGUCAGUGUGAAAAACUAUGUCUUGAAUCUCCAAAAUGACGUGCCCUUUCCGUCGCGCGUCCUCCCAGCACCAGUUCGCCAAUGGAAGUAACGCGGGCAGGAAAAAGGAGUUCAGGUCACGUCAGUCCUCGGUGCACCUGACAGGGCCUGAUGAAGAUAACGGGGAGAGGAAUACGUUGACAUUGAAGCAUUUGAGCGAAGCGCUGCAGUUGCUUACCGCGCCUUCGAACGAAUGUCUCCACGCAGCCGUGACGUCACUAACGAAAAACGAGUCUGAACAUUACGACAAAUACAAUUGUCUGCGGAGGUUACCAGAUGAUGUGAAAACGUUUAAGAAUUAUGUAUAUUUACAAGAAAUAUACGAUGCCGUGAGGGCCACCGAUAGUGUAAACACGACAGACUUCAUGGCGAAAUUAGGAGAAUAUUUAAUAUUAACGGCCUUCUCUCACAACUGUCGACUGGAGCGCGCGUUCAAAUGCUUAGGGACUAAUUUGACUGAAUUUCUGACUACCCUCGACAGUGUCCACGAUGUGUUGCAUGAUCAGGACGACGCUCUCAGAGACGAUACCCUGGAGUAUGAAGCGGCCUUCGUAUGCACCACCUCCCAAGAGGGCAAGAUUGAGCUCCACCUCACUACGGAGAGCGAGCCAGUAGCCUACCUCCUGGUAGGCAGCCUCAAGAAAAUAGCGAUGAUGCUGUAUGACACACAGACGAAUAUAAGACUGACGAGUUAUACUAACGAUCCUAGGAGAUUUAGGUACGAAAUAAACUCCAUCCCAUUACGGCAGAACUCCAAAGAAGACAACUGUCUAUCUCCAGUGGAAUCGGGCACCAUAGCGUCAUCCAGCAACGUGUCAGAUCUGAAGAUCGGUGUUGCAAGUUUCUGUAAAGCAUUUCCCUGGCAUUUUGUGACGGAUAAACGACUAGAACUGGUACAGUUGGGUGCAGGAUUCAUGCGUCUCUUCGGCAACUACCUGGCCACCCACGGCUCCUCCCUCAAUACGUACUUCAGGCUGAAAAGACCACGGGGCGUUCUUCUGGACUUCCGCGAGAUAUUGAAGAGAGUGAACACUCCUUUUAUGUUCUGCUUGAAAAUACCUGGAUCGGCGUCCGCGGCUGAGGGUUUGGAGAUCAAGGGCCAAAUGGUGUUCUGCCCUGAAAGUGACUCCCUUCUCUUCGUGGGAUCUCCUUUCCUGGAUGGCUUAGAGGGACUUACUGGGAGAGGUCUGUUCAUAUCAGACAUACCGCUACACGACGCUACUAGAGAUGUCAUACUUGUUGGAGAGCAAGCGCGAGCGCAGGACGGGCUACGGAGAAGAAUGGACAAGCUGAAGAGUUCUAUAGAAGAGGCGAGUAAGGCGGUCGUGAACGAGCGGGAGAAGAACGUUAGUCUUCUGCAGUUGAUAUUUCCACCGCACAUUGCAAAGAGGUUGUGGCUUGGUGAGAAGAUCGAAGCUAAAAGCCACGAUGACGUCACAAUGCUGUUCAGCGACAUAGUCGGCUUCACCUCCAUCUGCGCGACCGCCACCCCCAUGAUGGUCAUCGACAUGCUGGAGAACCUGUACUCCAUGUUCGACAUCUUCUGUGAACAGCUGGAUGUAUACAAGGUUGAAACAAUAGGCGAUGCGUAUUGCGUUGCGAGUGGUCUCCACAAGAAGAUCGACACCCACGCUCCGCAGAUAGCUUGGAUGGGCUUGCGCAUGGUGGAGACGUGUGCGCAGCAUCGCACACACGAAGGGAACCCAAUCAAGAUGCGCAUAGGCCUUCACACUGGCACAGUGCUGGCGGGAGUGGUGGGCAAGACCAUGCUGAAGUACUGCCUGUUUGGGCACAACGUCACGCUCGCCAACAAGUUCGAAUCCGGCUCGGAACCUUUGAAAAUCAACGUCAGCCCCACCACUUAUGAGUGGUUGCUUAAAUUCCCGGGAUUCGAAAUGGAGCCGAGGGAUCGCUCGUGCCUCCCGAAUUCGUUCCCUAAGGACAUUUCUGGAACAUGUUAUUUCCUACACAAGUACACCCAUCCUGGAACCGACCCCCAGGCCACACAAGUACAACACAUACAAGACGCGUUGAAGUAUUACGGGAUCGAGCAAUCAAAGCCGGGUGAAGUAGAUAGUGAAAAGCCUACUUAGUAAUAACGAGUAAUAUUAACGUCACAAUCGG